CAUAUUUAUUAUUUUUAGGUUAAUUUUAUCCAAUUUUUUAUCGUAUUUUGCUGAUUUUGAUUCCCGUGUUAAAGUGGCACAUAACAAAGUGCUGUUUGUGCUUUAAUAAAACCGGAUAAAAAUUUAUUACUGAUUAGUGUAGUAGUUUAUAGUCGUUACCAUGGGUGAACGAAAGGGGCAGAAUCUCUACUACCCCCCCGACUAUGACCCUACGGUCGGGGGGUUGAACAAAUUCCGGGGUACCCACGCACUGAGAGAACGAGCCAGGAAACUCCACAUGGGGAUCCUUAUCAUCAGAUUUGAGAUGCCCUAUAACAUCUGGUGUGAUGGCUGCAAGAACCACAUUGGUAUGGGUGUGAGAUAUAAUGCUGAGAAAACGAAGAUAGGGAUGUAUUACACUACACCUGUGUACCAGUUCAAAAUGAAAUGUCAUUUGUGCAACAACCAUUUUGAAAUCAAGACUGAUCCAGCCAAUCUAGAUUAUGUCAUAGUAUCAGGUGCAAGACGUCAAGAGAACAGAUGGGACCCAACAGAAAAUGGUCAGAUUGUUCCGGAAACCAAAGAAACUCAAAAGCGCCUGUUUGACGAUGCUAUGUUUAAAUUGGAACACAAAGUAGGAGAUGAGGAUGUCAGCAAACAGGACAAACCCCGGAUUAACAGACUAGUUGGCAGAAACGAAUCAGUGUGGAAGGAUGACUAUGAGGCAAACUGUGGUCUAAGAAGGAAUUUUAGGAAAAGAAGAAAAGAGCUUGAAGAAUCUGCAGUCAACGACGGGUUACUGCUAGCCAAAUCUUCUCUCAACAUCCAUCUCUUACCAGAGUCUGAAGAUGACAGAAAUAUGGCCUCCCUUCUCUCUCUAAGACCCUCACAGAGUAGUGAAGAGUCACAGAAUAUUACCAGAAACAAAAUACUUAACACUCCAGCUUUACCAAGCUCCAGUGGACUUUUAACCAGCUUUGGCGGAUUGAAAAAAGAGGAAUCGCUUAGUAAGUGUGCACCUUUAACUAGAAAUGCUCUAGGCAUAAUGGUCAAAAGAAAAAAGGUUGAAAAUAUUAUAGAAGGGGAAAUAAAUGGUAAUGAGUCAAAUAAUCUAGGAGAUAAAGUAAAAAAUUAUGAUGAAUUUAAAUAUACAUCCAAAAGUGAAGCCAAAAUGGAAACAGAAAGUAAGAAUAAUAUUAAUAAUAAUGAAGAAAAGGUUCAGGAAAGUAAAAGUGAAAAUAAAGAAAAAAUGGAAAAUAAGGAUCAAGGAGAAGUUAAGAAUAAUGAAGUCAGUGGAAAUAAUAAAAAUGAAGAUACAAUAGAAAAUGAAAAUAUAAAGAACAGUGAAGUCAAACAAAACAUUUCUUUAGUCUGCGACUAUAGUUCUAGUGGAGAAAGUACUGAUUGAAUAUUAAAAAAUCAAUACGUAUAUAAUUAUUUGGAAUAUUGU